UCAAAGAACUUACGAGUGGGAGCGCACAGAGGCGCAGGGUCUGAUCUGCUUCUCUCGAGUCAAACAGCAAACUCACUUUCCUCCGAUCCGUCAACAAUGGCCUCCGCGGCGAUCUCGUCGUCCGACCCCUCGGGCCUCCUCGCAUCGUCUCCUUCGCUUCACCGGCAAGUUAAAGAGAUCUCCAGCUUGAAUCUCUCCGGCCAGCCUCUUCCGUCUCGUCGGAAUCGGAGGCUGUCGACCGCCGCCCGUCGUGAGAUGCCCUCGACGAGAUCCGCCAAGCUCGUGACCAGGGCCUUCUUCUGGAACAAGCCCAAGCCCUCCCCUGAAGCUCCGAAACCCACAAAAGUGCAAGAGCUGUGCGUGUACGAGAUGAACGAGCGGGACCGAGGCAGCCCCGCCUACCUGCGCCUGAGCCAGAAGGCUGUCAACUCCCUCGGCGACCUCGUCCCCUUCACCAACAAGCUCUACUCCGGUGACCUCCAGCGCCGCCUCGGCGUCACCUCCGGUCUCUGCGUCCUCAUCCAGCACUUCCCUGACAAGGGCGGCGACCGCUACGAGGCCAUCUACAGCUUCUACUUCGGCGACUACGGCCACAUCUCCGUCCAGGGACCUUACCUCACCUACCAGGACACCUUCCUCGCCGUCACCGGCGGCUCCGGCAUCUUCGAGGGCGUCUCCGGCACCGUCAAGCUGCAGCAGAUCGUCUUUCCCUUCAAGCUCUUCUACACUUUCUACUUGAAGGGGAUCCCCAAUUUGCCCACCGAGCUCACGGGGAAGCCGGUGCCGCCUUCACCGGGGGUGGAGCCCUCGCCGGCCGCCAAGGCCUGCGAGCCACAUGCCACCGCCCCUAAUUUUACCAAUUAGUUGGAGUUCUUGUUCUUGUUCAAUGUGGAAUUAGUAGGGUUUUGUUACCCUUUUGUCUUAGUUGGGAAAUUAAAUAGAGAUGGAGGAGUAAGAUAUUUUCCUUUUUGUCAAAUGUAU